AUGGCCGCUCUCCGGGCCGCGCUCAGAGCUCUGCUCGCGGCAGCCAGUGUCCGGUCGCGGCCCCUGGGCCGGCGCCCGCCGCACGCGCCCUGCUCCGCCUCUGCCGCCGCACGCGGCGCUGCCAUGGAGCCGGCGCCCCGCUGGCUGGCGGGGCUGCGCUUCGACAACCGCGCCCUGCGCGCGCUGCCCGUGGAGACGCCGCCGCCCGGCCCCGAGGGCGCCCCGUCCGCGCCGCGGGCCGUGCCGGGCGCCUGCUUCAGCCGCGUGCGGCCCGCGCCGCUGCAGCAGCCGCGCCUCGUGGCGCUGUCGGAGCCCGCGCUGGCGCUGCUGGGCCUGGGCGCGCCGCCCGCCGCCGCCGCCGCCCGCGAGGCGCGCGAGGCCGAGGCCGCGCUCUUCUUCAGCGGCAACGCGCUGCUGCCGGGCGCCGAGCCCGCCGCGCACUGCUACUGUGGCCACCAGUUCGGCCAGUUCGCGGGGCAGCUGGGCGACGGCGCCGCCAUGUACCUGGGCGAGGUGUGCACGGCGGCCGGCGAGCGCUGGGAGCUGCAGCUCAAGGGCGCCGGCCCCACGCCCUUCUCCAGACAGGCUGACGGCCGCAAAGUCCUGCGGUCGAGCAUCCGAGAGUUCCUGUGCAGCGAAGCCAUGUUCCACUUGGGCAUCCCCACCACGCGGGCCGGGGCCUGCGUCACGUCCCAGUCCACAGUCGUUCGCGACGUGUUCUAUGACGGUAACCCCAGAUACGAGAAGUGCACGGUUGUGUUGCGUAUAGCUUCCACUUUCCUGAGGUUCGGAUCCUUUGAGAUUUUUAAGUCCGCAGAUGAGCACACAGGGCGCGAGGGCCCCAGCGUGGGGAGGAAUGACAUCCGCAUACAGAUGCUUGACUAUGUGAUUGGCACGUUUUAUCCUGAGAUCCAGGCCGCCCACGCCGCCGACAGCGUGCAGAGGAACGCAGCCUUCUUCCGCGAGGUCACACGUCGCACAGCCCGGAUGGUGGCCGAGUGGCAGUGUGUGGGCUUCUGCCACGGUGUGCUCAACACGGACAACAUGAGCAUCGUGGGGCUCACCAUCGACUACGGGCCCUUCGGCUUCCUGGACAGGUACGACCCCGACCACGUGUGCAACGCCUCGGACGGCGCCGGGCGCUACGCAUACAGCAAGCAGCCCGAAGUGUGCAAAUGGAACCUGCAGAAGCUGGCCGAGGCCCUGGAGCCUGAGCUGCCCCGCGAGCUGGGCGAGGCCAUCCUGGCCGAGGAGUUCGACGCCGAGUUCCGCCGGCACCACCUGCACAAGAUGCGCAGGAAGCUGGGCCUGGUGCGCGCCGAGCUGGAGGGCGACGGGGCGCUGGUGGCCGGGCUCCUGGAGACCAUGCGCCUGACUGGUGCCGACUUCACGAACACCUUCUACUUGCUGAGCUCCUUCCCAGUUGGGCCGGAGCCCCUGGACGCGCCUGAGUUCCUGGACGCGCUGACCGCACAGUGUGCCUCCCUGGAGGAGCUGAAGCUCGCCUUCCGACCCCAGAUGGACCCCCGGCAGCUCUCCAUGAUGCUGAUGCUGGCACAGUCGAACCCUCAGCUCUUCGCGCUCAUCGGCACCCGGGCGAACGUCACCAAGGAGCUGGAGCGAGUGGAGCAGCAGUCGCGGCUGGAGCAGCUGAGCUCGGCCGAGCUGCUGAGCAGGAACAGGGGCCACUGGGCUGACUGGCUCCAGGAGUACAGAGCCCGGCUGGAGAAGGACAGGGAGGGCUCCGGCGACAGUGACGCCUGGCUGGCUGAGCACCUGCGCGUCAUGCGUGCCAACAACCCCAAGUACAUCCUGCGGAACUACAUCGCACAAAAUGCCAUCGAGGCUGCCGAGAACGGAGACUUCUCAGAGGUGCGGCGGGUGCUGAAGCUACUGGAAACCCCUUACUGCACGGAGGGGGAGGCCACCGAGGUGCCAGAGGUUGAGGGGGCCGGCGGGGCAGGCAGCGGGGGGCACCCCUACAGCGCCAAGCCCCCGCUCUGGGCGGCAGAACUGUGCGUGACGUGAUCCUCGUAACUGCCUUGGAGGCCUCCACACGUGGAGCCCCCGAGGCCCGAGCCCCACCGGGUCUUUGAGGCAGGGAGCACCCCGCGGACAGCCGCCCCCCCCGCCCCGUCUCUCCAUGACGGCCGAGACGUCCAGUCAGCACCUGACCCGUCUCCGUCUGACACAGACUCCGCAGCCCCGCCCCACGCUCGCCGCUCCCCGUUACAGCCGCUUCGCUCAAGGACAGGCGCUUGGCAGUGGGAAGCAGGCGGCCCUGCCCCCACCUACUGGGCGGCCACGGUCCCCAAAUAAACCAGCAGCUUUCCCA